UUCACAAUGCACACGCAUAACAGCUACAUCUCUUUGAGCUGGCUCCUCUUAUACCUGCUCCCAGUCAGUGAGUCCUCCCCAGUGACAGUGCAUGGCUAUAUCGGGCAGAGUGUUACUCUGCCAUGCAGAUACAAUGCACGUUACUACGGCCCUCUGCACAUGUGCUGGGGGAGAGGAUACAUUCCUUCCAGUGGCUGUAACAAUGAGUUCCUUUCAACCGAUGGCAUUAGAGUGACCUACAGAAAGUCAAGCAAGUAUCAGCUGCUGGGUAAUCUGAGGACAGGAGAUGUCUCUCUGACCAUCCUCAACGCUCAGAAAGGAGAUUAUGGGAUAUAUGGAUGUCGAGUGCAUAUACCGGGAUGGUUUAAUGACCAGAAGAUUAUAGUCAACCUCUUCCUGGAGGAGGCACCUGUUACAACGACAGAAACACCCGACUUCCCCGAGCAAGAGACCACAACCAGUCUCGCAUUCGAACUGCCUGAAACAACCUAUGCAACCAAUGCAUUUGCUGAUGAGACAACUGUGACCACACACAUUACUACACAAGAACUGCCUGAAACAACCUAUGCAUUUGCUGAUGAGACAACUGUGACUGCAGACAUUACUACACAAGAACCUUUAAUCACAGAGCAACCUGUGCCGUUCCCCCAACCAACAGAUCCAGAGGACAUGUGGAAACUGUUCACAGACAGUCACACAGAAGUGCCUAUUGGAACAGCAGAGUCACUGAAAUCAACUCCCAUGCCAAUGGAUCCAGAGACCACAUGGAUCUCGAGAACAGACACCAGCACGCAAGAGACACUUGGGUCAUCAUCCUGGUCUACUGACAUGGAAGCUACCACAGAAAAUCAAGGUACAGACUCCUCUCCCCUUUCAGACAGCUUGGAUUGCUGGCCAGCAUGUCCCACAUCUAUACCUCAAAGCCCCAACUCCACGAGUGAAACUGAGAUAGAUGAUUUUGAUGACUUCAUGAGAAUGACUGAUAAGGACGGUCUUCUCCAGUCUGGGAUAGCUCUAGCUUCAGUCCUGCUGGUGGUGGUUCUUCUGCUUGUGUCUGUCCAUUUCAUGCGAAAGCAAUGCAGAAGAAGCCAGUUCAAAUUGUAAGUAUUACCUGACUUGAUAACAUUGAGUGUUUGAAUAAUUCUCACCCGUGGGAGAAACC